AUGAGCGCCCGCGAAGAUACCGUCCUCCCUCCCAUUAAUCCCUCCAUCACUGACGAGAAUGACUGGCCCGACUUUGACUUGGUGGAUGUCAAAGUCCUCCGGCCCGGGAAGAUGCUUUAUGCCAAUCUUCUCGAUGCCACCGAGCAAAAUCCGGUCCAGGUGAUCGGCUGCCUGGAGCUGAGAGAGGACCAAACACACCUACUACUUGACCCGGCAACUGCCUCAAAGCGCGUGAUUAUCGAUGAUGUUACGCAUUACGCAUACGGACAGACCGAGGACCGGAGCAUCGAGCUCUGGGUGGCCGGCAAAGCUGGCUGGUACAACAUUUCACCAGCCAAGGGCUACGUUCCUACUUUCAAUCGGAUGGUUCAAGCGGUCGAUAUGCUCUAUUUUUUGACGGAUCAGCACCAGCAUGGCAAGAGACAGCUCAAUCCUUCUUUCAGAAACCUCUGCGAACAGUAUGUCUUUCACACGCACGGCGACUGUGAGACCCGAGAGCAGUCUGCGGAAGUUUUUGCGGAACAUGCGCCAUUUCUCCUUCGACGCAUGAUCGAAGACGAUGACGCCGAUGGCGUGGAAUGGAAAAGGACCAACGUCUUCGUACACUUACGUCGCCAGUUUAGUGAAAUCUACCAUCAACUUAUGGAAGAGCGGUCCCACGAGUCUACAGACGACUCGGAGCAGACUGAAACCGGAGCCUCGACACCACGGCACGAUCCAGCAACGAUUGCCAGAUCACAGGUCGAAUCCAUUUACUCGAUGUUGAAGGAUUUGAGAGAUGAAGGACACCUAGCAAAGCGACGACUGCACCUGGACCUGCUGACGGAACGCUUGGCUGAUCGAUACUCUUUAAGUCGGGAGAAUGCGAGCAACGUCAUUGCCGCCAGAGCUACGGCGGUCAUUGAGCGGAUGGAUGAAGAAGACUCUCCGGGCUUUCGUUGGUCUCGCUACGUGAUUCAUCGCGAGCUAACGAAUGCUGCCACGCAGGACACUUUGCUUCCGCACGAGCUCCAGCUGAAUCCUCUACAGCCACUUGAGGACUCUAGCGAUGACGAGGGACUGAGACACACUCAAAAGUCUGUUCUACGCCCUAAGACUAAUUCUGUGGUGUCGGGAAAAUUGACUGGAAAACGACACCGUAACUCUGUCCUCAACAAAGAUGUCAUCAUGGCCUCUAACCAUGAGACCAACGGCGAUGAAGAUAUAGAAGGUCCGGAAGAUGUCGAUACUCCCAGCAAGGUUCGCGGCCACGAGUUGAUCAGAACACCCUUUUCAAAUGCCGAGUCUCGAGGUCGCUCUCUGCUUUCCAAUUCCGGAUCCGGUGCCUCCUCACUCCUAAGAAGCGUGCUCUCCUCGGAACAUUAUCACACACCGUCUUUACCUUCUAAGAAAAGCGAACAAUUGUCUUCCACGCAUCCACUUGCCGAACUGAACAAAAUCUCGGAGGUCUGGUCAUGUCAGAUGCCAGGAUGUUCCAAAACCAUAUCCGCCAAGGGUGAGCAGCGCCAGAAAGAAAUUGAAGCUCAUGCCACCGAACACGACUGGGAGGCGCAAAUGCGGAUCGAGGUGAUAGAGGCGGAGCGACGUAUGCACACCACGAUGCCUGUCAGCAAUCUGAUGCAAUAUCUCCUGAAUCAGCACACUGCUCAGAUGCGUUCUGCGUUUCCCGAGAAAUAUCCUCCGCAAACCGCUGGAGACGAAGAGAAAGAACAAGCACAGGCUGCUGGCGAGAGCGAUUGUGAGAAACAGGCCUCACAGUCUAAUGGGCAACAUCACGCAAACGAGAGCCAUGAAAAAAUGACCACCUAA